AUGAUUGAGUAUGAUACUAAUAUUAGAGAUGAGGUUCGAAGAGCAUAUCUACAAAAAGGACCUUGUCAACCUAGAGGUCAUUCUUUCCCACAAAGUAAUAUCUCAGGAAUUAAUCGACGCUUCAUUCCCCAUUGGUUUGAUGAAUUUGAUUGGUUGGAGUAUAGUGUAUCUAAAGAUGCUACAUUUUGUCUUUAUUGCUAUCUCUUUAAAUCCAAUUUUGAACAAGUGGGUAGUGAAGCCUUCACUGGAGCAAGGUUUAAGAAUUGGAAGAAAGGGAGAGAAAGAAUGAAGGUGCAUGUUGGACCGGUUGGUAGUGUUCAUAAUGAAGCUAGAGAAGCCGCUACAAAUUUGAUGAAUCAAAAUACACAUAUUAAAACGGCUGUGAGCAAACACUCUGAACAAGCUCGUAUGGCAUAUCGAAGAUGCUUAAUUGCAUCAAUCAAGUGCACUAAGUUUCUAUUGAGACAAGGUCUUUCUUUUCAUAGAAAUGAUGAAAGUGCCACUUCAAGCAAUAAGGGAAAUUACUUGAAGCAAUUGCAAUUCCUUGCAGACAAUGAUGAGAAAGUUAAAGUAGUUGUGUUGGAAAAUGCUCCGGGGAAUCUCAAGUUAGUAGCUCCAAAGAUUCAAAAAGAUAUUGUCAAUGCAUGUGCCGGGGAAACACUUGAUGUUAUCAUGAGUGGUUUAAAAGAUAGAUUCUUUUCUAUAUUGGUGGAUGAAGCACGUGAUAUUUCUGUGAAAGAGCAAAUGGUUAUGGUGUUGCGUUAUGUGGACGACAAAGGGCAUGUAAUUGAAAGGUUUGUGGGGGUUCAACAUGUUAUCGACACCACUUCAAGUUCACUAAAGGAUGCCAUUGACAUAUUCUUUUCUUCCAAUGGUUUGAGCUUUUCCAAGUUACGAGGACAAGGUUAUGAUGGAGCUAGCAAUAUGAGAGCAAAGAAGAAUAUUGAUACUGCCUCUUUCUUCACAACCACUAAUAGUGUAGUUAACCAUGUUGGAGCAUCGUGUAAGCAGCGUGAUGCACUUAGAGCACAACUCCAAGAAAGAGCUUGUGAUAGCUUUUGA